AUGGAAGGUCGUCUUAUUACGCUGCCACGUGAUGGCAACCACAAGACAUCCAUCUUCCUCAGUGGCACUGCCCAGCGCUGCAUUCUCGUCGUCGGCUCCCAAGCAGAGGGACUGUUCGCUACUCCAUAUACACAGCAGUUGGCGGACGGCUUGAGGGAGGAGUGGGCUGUUGCCCAGGUGGUGUUGGGCAGUAGCCAUGUCGGCAGAUGUGCCCCCGGCCUGGAGGCCGACGCAGACGAUGUGGAUGCCGCGCUGGCGGUUCUGGUGAAAGACUACAAUAUGACUGAGAUUGUCCUCUACGCCAGUGGGACUGGUGUGCAGGUUGCACUGGAGGUAUUGGCAUCGACUCUUCGGGCGGGAGUGGUCACACGCGUUGUCCUGCACGGAGGCAUCGUGUCGCCGCAACAAAGUGCACUCUUCUCUGUAAAGGCGACCAAACAACGUGUCGAGGUGGCACACGCACUCAUCGCAGAGAGGCGCGGCGACGACGCUGCGGCGAUGGCACAGGUGUAUGACAUGACGAUAACGCCUGCGCGCCUUCACCGGAAUGCUACCUUGACGGUUCAGGAGGCCGUAUGGCAGCCAGUUUUGGGAGAAUGUGAGUCCACUUGUAAGCAAACGCUGCGCGGGGUGACAGUGCCAACGCUGUUUCUACUAUCAACGGAGUCGUCCUACACGACUACUGCGCAGGGUGCCCUGUCAACGGUGCUGCGCGCAGUGAGGGAUGCAACUGGCCUGCCCACCGAGGAUGUUCAGGUUACGCUGCUCCCCACCACCAUCGACGAGCAUCGACGCUUUCUCAAGGGCAACAGUGAACUGGCCGUCCAGACAGUCAGUGACUUUCUACAACAGGCUGAUGCGCGCCAUGAACAACGCAAAGCAGCCGCGGCGAUCAUGGCCAUCGAGGCAGAGCGAAACAAACGAAUCGCGCAUGUUAAGGCUCUCUGCGCAUGA